AUGGGGAUUUUUAAUACCAGCUCAGGAGAAGGCUUCAUUUUGGUGGGCUUCUCAGAUUUUCCUCAACUGGAAGUGUUCCUUUUUGUCUUCAUUUUCAUUUUCUAUUUGCUAACUCUCUUUGGCAACACCACCAUCAUUGCACUGUCCCGUCUGGACCUCAGGCUGCGCACUCCCAUGUACUUCUUCCUCUCCCACCUCUCCUUCCUGGACCUCUGCUACACCACCAGCACUGUGCCCCAGCUCCUGAUCAACCUUCGUGGACUUGACAGGAACAUUAGCUUUGGGGGCUGUGUGGCCCAGCUCCUCAUUUUCCUUGCCUUGGUCUCCACAGAGUGUUUGCUCCUGGGAGUGAUGGCCUUUGACCGCUAUGCUGCUGUGUGCCGUCCACUCCACUACACGACCAUUAUGCACCCUCAGCUGUGCCAGGCUCUGGCCAUCUCCUCCUGGGUGUCCGGCCUCGUGAACUCCGUGAUUCAGACAGGACUUGUUAUGGCCAUGCCUCUCUGCAGCCACCGACUAAAUCACUUCUUCUGCGAGAUGCCCAUAUUCCUGAAGUUGGCUUGUGAGGACACGGAAGGAACAGAGGCCAAGAUGUUUGUGGCCCGAACGAUCAUCUUGAUCUUCCCUGCAGCACUGAUUCUAGGCUCCUAUGCUCAAAUCGGCAGGGCAGUGUUGAGAAUGAAGUCAACAGCUGGACGUAAGAAGGCUUUUGGGACUUGUGGGUCUCACCUUGUAGUAGUUUCUCUCUUUUAUGGCUCAGGUAUAUAUACAUACCUCCAGCCUAUCCACAAGUAUUCUGAAAACGAGGGCAAAUUUGUUGCUGUUUUUUAUACUAUACUUACCCCAAUUCUCAAUCCCCUAAUUUAUACUCUGAGGAACAAGGAUGUGAAGGGGGCUCUGUGGAAGGUCCUAGGGAGAGGCACAGAUUAA